ACGGGAGAGAGCAAAGCAAGAAGUGRGCUAGGAUUCACCAAUGUUUAUACGAAUUUUAUGCCGCUAUGGCUUCCCCUAAAGGCCCAGGUUCAGAACUGAAGCAGCAUUUUGUCACCAAGGAAGGUGUCUAUAAGCUCAUGACGUUAUCUGAGUAUUCUAGGCCGAAUAAAAUGCCGUAUUCAGCUCAACAAUGUCACCCUGUGAAAGUAUCCUUCGUCACAGUCAAAGAACCCGGAGGAUGCAAUGACCGUAUUGCCUUCAACGUUGGUAGAGACUUGUAUUUUUAUAUUUAUAAAGGAGUAAGAAAGGCUGCAGACCUAACCAAACCACUUGAUAAAAGAGUUUACAAAGGCACAAUCCCCACCUGCCAUGACUUUAAUCUACUGACGAGAAGUUCUGAGAGCUUAGAAUUGUUAAUAGGUUUUUCUGCUGGACAGGUUCAAUUGUUAGAUCCCAUUAGACAUGAAGUUAAUAAACUUUUCAAUGAAGAGCGUACUGUAGACAAGACAAAAGUCACUUGCAUAAAAUGGAUUCCUGGUUCAGAAAACUUGUUUUUAGUGUCGCACGAGAGCAGUAAUAUGUACGUUUACAAUAAAGAAAAUCCCGCAGGAACUGGACCGCCGCAAUAUGCUUUAAUGAAACAAGGACCUGGCUACACAGUUCACAGUGGAAAAUCAAAAACCACAAGAAAUCCUGUUUGUAAAUGGACAGUAGGUGAAUUUGGAAUCAAUGAAUUCUCUUUUUCUCCGGACUGUAAGCAUUUAGCUAUAGCAACUCAAGAUGGUUGUCUUAGAGUCUUUGAUUUUGAUUCACAAACUUUAUAUGGGGUAAUGAAGAGUUACUUUGGUGGUUUAACUUGUGUAUGUUGGAGUCCCGAUGGCAAGUAUAUUGUUACAGGAGGCGAAGAUGACUUAGUAACAGUAUGGUCAUUUUUUGAACGGCGGGUGAUUGCCCGAGGGCAAGGACACCAAUCUUGGAUAAGCGUAGUCGCAUUUGACCCAUACACUACUAGUUUCAGUGGUGAUGGGAGAGUGGACGAGAGUGACGAGGAAGACAUUGAAGAAAAUGGACCUAGAGACUCUCCUUGUCAUCCCUCGGCAGACAAAGGUGUAACUUCGUAUCGUUUUGGUUCUGUUGGCCAUGACACCAUGUUACUAUUAUGGGACUUAGGCGAAGAUAUUCUGAGGCCUCAACGGCCCAGAUGCCGCAGUCUCAGAACUCACACAAUGUCAAAUUCUCAUCUAGUUAACUCUAAUUCUAUUUCUAAUGGACCUGUUUGCUGGGAACCCAACAACGGAGCCACUUCUAAUGACACUUCCAGAAGCUUAACAAAAGUUCACAGCUUAAGCAAAUCUGUCGAACAACUCGUUACCAUCAGGGACUACUCCCCUGGCACUUCAUUAUGUCCAAGGAUAGUAGAGGCUCCAUUGCUUGAACCUCUAGUUGCUAAAAAGAUUGCAUACGAGAGGUUAACAGACAUUGUAUUUCGGGAAGACUGUAUUGUGACAGCAUGCCAGGAAGGAUUCAUUCGAACUUGGGCACGACCAGGUAAAGUGGGCGUAGCGACAAUGGGAACAGUAGUCUAAUGGAGGAUGAUGAAGCAGAAGUAUUAUGCAAUGGUGAUCAUGAGCAUCCAUCACAAUAUAGAUAAUCUUUUCAAUUCAUUGCUAAUCCUAACGUACUUUAUUAAUAGACAUUCCAUUGUUAACACUGUUUUUCCCAUAGCAUUUCAAGUCAGACAUGCAUGCCAUGAUUUAUAAUAACACAUUUUUGAUCAUUCAGUGCACUUACAAUCAUCAGAAAUAAAAACACAUUUUCGAUUAAAGGGAAAUGUACUGUAUAGUACCAUGACACUUAAAUGGCUUCCACUCUAAGCCAAUAAAAAAGCUGAAAAUGAACACCAUCCAAUCACAAUGUUUGAGUUUGAAACCAUUUGAGUGUACCAUAAAACAUGAAUGGCUUCUACUCAAAGCCGAUCAAAAGGCUAAAAAAAAAACAUCUUAUCACAGUGUUUGAGUUCAGAAGCUAUUUUUGCAUACCAUUUUAACACUUGAAUUGCUUUUACUCUAAGCCAAUCAAAAAGCUGAAAAAUAAACACCAUCCAAUCACAGUGUAUAAGUUGAGAAGCCAUUUGAGUGUGGUCACACUGGUAUUGUGCAUCCAACCCCACCCAGCCCCCACAUACACAAUUUGUUAUAAGCUCAAAUCCACUUGGUAGCCAUUUUAACAGUCAUGCAGGCAUGUCGUAGCCAUGGCUAAUAUUAACUAGCAUGCAACAAGCUAUUCUACUGUGACCAAGCAUAUUUGUAAUCAUAAUUUACGUAUACAUUGUUUGAUCUGCAUUUAUGAUAAUAUUUUAUAUUUUGUCACCUACACAAAUAACAAAAUAACCUAAAAUAACAUUGAAGGUACCAGUAUUCAAAAUUUUAAUUGUAAAUACACAAUUGGUACUUGACGAUGGUUAGCUCAGAUGCACAGUGGAUGGGAGUGUACAGGGUAUUUGAACAAAUUCAAUUCACAGGAUGUUAGGAAAAUAAUGAAAGCAUUUGCUCAGAAAAAAACAUUAAAGUGUACAUAUGCUGAUAA